AUGGAUGUUGCCCCCAAAAAGCUCACCCUCUCCUGUUCGAGAUGUCGCGCCUCCAAAUUGAAAUGUGAUCGCAAAGAGCCUUGUGUAACGCCAGAGGAAGAGGAAGAACCGGAGAUCGAAGAAACGGCGCAGAUCUUGGAGCAUUUCGUGGAUAUCAAUCCUCUCCCCGAAUCAGCGGGCGUGGCCCCUGACACCCCCAAUCAAUACUGGGAGACCCAGGAUCCACAAAGGCACGACCAAAAGCUUGCCUUGAUCCGAGAUGUGGUUCAAUCUCUGCCAGAAUGGGAUAUCAUCCAACUACUCUACGAGGUCUUUGUCACGCGUUGCCAGGGACCUCUGGGAAAUGUGGUGCACACCCCAAGCUUCAUGAAGCAAGCCGAUCAAUUGCGUCACUGCUUGAAUACGGCUUCUCCUGACGCGGAAAUUGCCAGUACAAUUUCCAUGGACUCUCUUGCUGGUUUGCUUCUCGCGUUAGUGCUCGGACUCGCGUUUCAUCCAACCCAGUCCAUUUUGGGUGUCCAGAUUACCCCGUUGACUUCCCGCGUAGAGCAACUACGUGCCUCGAAUGAGCCUAUGUCGACAUGGCGGGCCCUCGGUGUGCGUUGUCUCCAGGGAGGUAUUUCCCUCUUUUGUGGCUCUAUCUCCAGCCUACAAGCGGCCAUAAUGCUCCUGUUGGAUGCAAAAGCGAGCUCGUUGGAGCUUGAUGCCGUCUUGGUUACCGCCAUUUCGGGAGCGCGCAAACUUGGAUUGCAUCGCUUGAGCAAUGCCACUUUGGAUGCCUCCAUAGAUUAUGGCUUGGCAACCGCUGGACCACCUCACAUUCGCACAGAGAUUGCAAUUCGAAUUUGGUGGGCUCUUGUCAUGAGAGACUGGUCGCGCGGACAGACUCUUGGCUACUAUACUAUCCACCCCUCACAAUUUAAUACCCGUGUGCCGUUGCAUCUGAAUGAUGACGAUCUACUUAGGACACAUGGCAAGAUUCCCGAGCGCCCUCGGUCCGAGUUUACCAUGCUGUCAUAUACGGUACACGCGUUGGAAAUUGCAAUCAUUGUGCGGGAAUUAGUUGAUCUUGGGGAUGCCGCAAACGAAGCUGGCCUACGCCGCCAGCACCUCAAUCAAAAAUACGAAAAAUAUGUGGCAAGUUUGCCGUCUUACUUUAGACUGGGAAGCACUGUCGGACUCACAGCCAUGGGUCCUAUGGCUGCCAUCCCAGUUCAACGAUUCAUGUUGCAUCAACAGCUGUGGAGUUUACUCCUCCGCCUACAUCGCGGUACUCUCUCCUCUCCCAUGGGGCGUGCAUCUUGCCAGCAGCUGGCUCAUAACAUUACCAGCACGCAAGCCCAGAUCCAAGCCCGUUGCACAGUCUGUGGUUCACUAUCCACCAACGAAACGCAACUCUUCAACGCGACCGUUGUGCUGGUCUUGGGGUUACUGUUUGAUUCUCCGUCGACCGAGGCUGAGCGCUCGAGUGCCCAACUGAGUCGCUUAAUGACGCGAGACCAUAUCCGUGAGGCCAUUGAACUGUUGCGUACCAAAACCUCACCCAAGCAAUCCUUCAGCGACGCUAUGUCCCAAGACCUGCUGCAAAGCUCGGUGUCGCGCAGUGUUGUGACCCUGGAGGCACUGAUGAAGUUGGAAAUGGAUUCGAGUGACAAUGCGAACCGCCAUGAGGGAUCGAACCAGAAGCGUCCCAUCCACCGCCGGGUGUUAGAGAUCCUGAAGACAUUGAAUAAUCCAGCCACUCCUGCUGAUCCACCCGUUCUAUCAUCAACUCCUAGGGACACCUCUUUGACCCACUCCAUUCCUGUUGCGGACGGCUUCGCUGAUCUAGAUGUGAUGCCCAUUCUGUCUAAUGGCUUGAGACCUAAUAUGUGGGACUUCUUGGACUUCCAGCUGCCGGAAGACGUAGGCAAAGAGAAGUUCUCACAUAUGGCCCAUGAAUUCCCACCAUCUCUAGGGAGUGAACCUACGCUGGAUCCUGCAAUGACCCCUUCGAGUGCCGACGUCUUUGCGGCUGCUGAUUUUCACGACAUCAUGGGAAAUGAGAGCCCUCCUUCCUGGUGA